AUGGGAAUUUUUGGACACCACGAUCUGGCGCCCGUCGCCGAGCCGAUUGCCAUCAACCAACAAUUCGUCUCCUCUGAGCCGCAGACACUAGUCCUGAAGGAAAAGGUUCUCUCCGUCACGGGCGACAGCUUCGAAAUCAAGCUUGCAAAUGGCCAGCCUCUUCUGAAGGUACACGGGGCAUGGGUCUCCAUUUCCGGACGCAAGAAGGUUGAGGAUGCGCAGGGUAAACACCUGUUUGAUAUUGUCAAGGAGCAUCUGCAUAUCCACACUACAUAUGCGCUUGAGGAUCCUCAUAAGAAGAAGAUUUGUGAGGUUAAGAGUAGUCUGAAGCUCCUCGGAUCCAAGGCCACUGCCUCUUUCAUUGAUCAUAACGGCAAGGCGGUAACUUUUACAAUGAAGGGCGGCUGGUAUGACCACAGUGCCGAUAUAGUUGAUGAUAAGAGCGGCGCGACAGUUGCUCGCAUUGAUCGGAAGCUGCUCAGUGGCCGUGACCUUGUCUUUGGUCAACAGACCUACGCUGUUAUUGUCGCUCCUGGUGUCGAUGCGGCACUGAUUGCUGGCUUAUGUAUUUGCUUCGAUGAGAAGAACAACGAAGAGAGUGGUUAG